CGUUUUUGUGAUUUCAGAGUGAUGUCCACAAAAAUGCUGUCUGCACCAGCACGCACACGAUCAUUACUUCCCUCAUUAUCUCUCUCACCUCCCCAACCUAUUUUCCGCCGCCUGAACCAUCUCCUCCACCGUCGCAACAACCACCAUACUCCGAUCAAAAUGUCCGCCAUCGUCGAACACGUGGUCCUGUUCAAAGUGAAACCAGAUGUCGACUCUAGCAAAGUUGCAGCCAUGGUCAACGGACUCAACGGUUUGACCUCACUCGACCUCACCGUCCACCUCUCCGCCGGUCAACUCCUCCGGUCACGGUCAUCGGCGUUGACCUUCACUCAUAUCCUUCACAGCCGUUACAAAUCAAAGGAGGAUCUACGCACGUACGGCGGUCAUCCUGAGCACGUGCGAGUAGUGACGGAGAAUAUUAAACCAAUCAUUGAUGACAUCAUGGCGGUUGAUUGGAUAUCUAACAGUGCUGUAUCGCCUAUCAAGCCUGGAUCUGCAAUGAGAGUUAGUUUUCUGAAAUUGAAAGAGAAUUUGGGGGAAAAUGAGAAAAAUGAGGUUUUGGAUGUGAUUGGUGGAAUUAAAAAUGAGUUUAAAUCAAUUCAAGAAUUAAGUGUGGGUGAGAAUUUUUCACAUGAUAGGGCCAAAGGGUUUACCAUUGCUUCAAUUGCUGUCUUGCCUGCUCCUGCUGACUUGGAAGCUCUCGAUUCGAAUGCGAAUGCCGAGCUGGUUAAUCUGCAAAAACAGAAGGUGAAGGAUCAUAUCGAGGGCGUUGUGGUCGUUGAUUAUGUCGUUCCACCUCCGCAGACUGCUAACCUCUAAACCCCAUUGUCGUCCCUUCCUUUGGUUGAAUAAUAUCCAUCCAUCCAUCCAUCCAUCCAUCCAUAAUCUCUUUCUGUUAUGUUGUAUUGGAUCACAUUUGUUUUGGUUGGUUAUUGCAAUUCUUGAUAUUUCGGAAAUGAAUGUAUUCAAUAUCUUUGCUAUCCAAA